GACGAAUGUAAAAUUUAAUUAAAACCAAUUGAGAGCACACCCGAAAACACGCACCAAACUCAACUAUACACCCGGAGGGCUCCGCUUGACAAGAUUCCGCACUUAACCUGUUCGGGCGGUGGUGGUGGCUACGGCAACGGCAACGGCAGCGGCAGCGUCAGCGGCAAAGGAGACUGUGGUGCAAUAAAUGGACAUAAUUGGUCUAAUUGGACAGAGAAGCAGCAGCCGCAGCAGUGGGACAAUAGGAUGGCACAAUUCACGCUCUACAAUAAACACAGUGCGCCGCCCAGCGACAGUACGCGAGUGGACUGCGAUCACGUACCACUGUGCUCCAUAAACGAUGUCCAGCUCCGCUUUCUGGUACCCGAUGACCUGACAGAGGUGCGGCAACUGUGCCAAGAAUGGUUUCCAAUCGACUAUCCACUAUCAUGGUACGAGGAUAUUACCUCUAGCACGCGCUUCUUUGCGCUGGCAGCUGUUUAUAAUCUGGCCAUAAUUGGUUUAAUCGUUGCCGAAAUCAAACCGUAUCGAAAUGUUAAUAAGGAGGUAAUAGCCAAUAUGAGUGAUAGUGAUGAGUUGUACACCAGGCUGAGCGGUUUUCCCAUGCAGGACAAGGGCAUCCUGCCGGACUCGAUGGGUCGCACCGCUGACGUUGGCUAUAUUCUGUCGCUGGGUGUGCAUCGCUCGCAUCGGAGGAACGGGAUUGGGUCGCUGUUGCUGGACGCGCUAAUGAACCACCUGACGACGGCUGAGCGGCAUUCGGUAAAGGCCAUCUUCCUGCACACGCUGACCACCAACCAACCUGCCAUAUUUUUCUACGAGAAGAGAAGAUUUACGCUGCACUCUUUCCUGCCCUAUUACUACAAUAUUCGGGGCAAGGGCAAGGAUGGUUUCACCUAUGUGAACUAUAUAAACGGCGGCCACCCGCCCUGGACACUAUUAGAUCACAUCAAGCACUACGCUUCCAAGGUGCGGCACACGAGCAGCCUGUGCGCGUGGGUGGCCGGUCGGGUUCAGCAGGUUGUACGCUGGUUCUACCAUAAGCUGUUGACGCGUUUCAAUUUCAUCGAUUGAACUAGGGACCGUUGCACAACCGGAAAUCCUCCACUUCCUUUCGAGUCUAUAACGAUAGCAGUGUUCGCAUUAUGUCAUUCUGUUACACAUCUACAUAUAUAUAUAUACAUAUGUAUACACGCACCCACUCAGACACACCUUCAUUAUAAAUGUUAGGCAACAUCCGCAGAAUCAUUACGUUUUUAUACAAAAUGCGGAGAGAGAAAAGAUCUAGCAAAGAACAACAACAAAAUGAUAAGUUGAAAGUUGUAAAAUAAUUCGAUAAGUGUAUUAUUACGUUUAAAAUGAUAUCUAUCUGUUCACUGCUGUAAAUAGUCAUAUGUUUUGUUUGAAAUGCCGAGUGAUUUUGAAUUUUUUAUUUUGAUUUUCUAUUGAAUGCGUGUGUAUCCUUUUUUAUGUACGUUUUAAGUUCCACGCACAAGACAGUCAUUUAGUUUAGCGACAACCUACAACAAAGAUGCUCAUGCUUUAAUGCCUAAUUUAUGAAAUCUGCACGCAAAUAGCUUUGAACUGAGAACGAAUACAUGUUAUAUGAAAGCCAGUUACAGAAAACCCCGACCUAAAACAUAAAACCUUUUUAAAACACCUCUGUUCGCUGUUUCUAUAGUAUUUUGUAAAAGUAUUUUAAUGCAUAUUGUUUCACAGCUAAAUUUGAUUAUUUUAGGCACAAUUUAUCUAGCAAAUUGUAAUAUUUUUUAAUAAAAACUUGUAAAGUUAAAAA